AUGCCAUCUGGAUCUGGAGCAUCGGUAAAACGCCCAUACUAUCUCUCGGAGUACAUAUGUUUUGUUUUACCGUUCACUAAGUCCCGCCAACCGAAAGGAAAUGUUGACGCACCAAAGAAUAUUGAAACGGCCGAUAUAAUUCAUGAAGAAUCAAUUACGGAGGACCUAGAGACCGAAGAGCUUGAAACUCAACAAUUAGGAAGUCCAAAAAUUGGAAAUUACAAAAACAACCAAGGGAGAAAUGACGAUAUUGAUGAUGAACAGUGGAUUCCUGAAGAAUUUAACGAGCCUGUAUCAAAUAUUAUUGUAUCUCAGACAGACAGUUUGGAAAAAAAUGAUUCUGGAGAUCCAAAGCAAAAAACACAAAAGAGAAGUGUAUCCAGUUCGUCAGUACCUAGUGUAAAUAAUCCUAAAAGAAAUAAAACUACUCCGAAUCCAAUAUCUUUGGCAGAUGUUAACAAAUCUGCCUUUGAAUUUUUUGAAAAAAAGAAGCAAGCACCGUAUAAACCACCUGCUUUCACUAAUGAUGAUGCCGAUGUGCAGUUUUUGUUGAGUCUAUUGCCCGAUUUAAAAAAAAUGUCAGACAAGCAGAAAAGAAAAUAUAAAGUGGGAGUCCUAAAUCUUGCCGGUGAAAUCUUGGAUGAGCCUGUAGUGUCUCAUAUUUCUGCACCUCUCUUCUCCCCAACGUCUAGUUAUUCAUCGCUUGCUGCAGAAGGUAUACCUUCUGAGCCUUCUACCCGUUCCUCUUCAGCAUGUACCAGCUCUAUUCGACCUCAAUGUGAGACAGCUGAUUCGCGGACAUAUGAAGAUAUUUCGUUUUCAACAGUACGUCAGACAUCCACACAAGCACAAGAUACAUUAUUACCAAAUAUUCAGUAUAAUAACCCAUUAUUACCAGAUCAUGAAUUUGCUUUUUAA